UAAAGAAAACAGAUGAUUAUUUAUGCCAAUUUAAGUUGCAGAAAAUGACCUAAUUAAGCAUAGAAGGAUAACCAUUUUAAUGUUCAAAUGACAUGCUUAGUCACACGGCCGUAAUGGCCUUACAAGACGACGAGUGGCACGAUACAUUGGCGAAAUGAUUUGGUAGAAAAGUUUCGUCGAUUGCGAUGGCCUAGUUUCGUUGUUCGAAGAUCACUUUAAGAGGAAAUGCGUCGAAGUAUCGCUAUUCUGGUGUUUGUAUACCAUCUUUCUGUGUGCAACGGAUCCUGUAAACAUGGAAGAACCAUCCUUACAAACGAAACUGGCGUUAUCUCGGAUGGGGAAAACACAACCACCUACCCUAGUUAUGCAAGAUGCGAAUGGCUGAUUGAUGCUAAGCAUCCCAACAAGUCGAUCUACUUGGAGUUUGAGUUCAUAGACACAGAAUGCUCCUAUGACUUCUUGUUUGUGUUUGACGGGGACUCCUACCUGUCACCGACGCUGGCCAGUCUUAGUGGCCAACAUAGACCUGGGCCCAUCGUUGCCAAAUCUGGAAAGAUGCUGGUGUACCUAUUCAGCGACAGGAACUAUGAACGAACUGGAUUUCGGGCCAGCUAUUCCAUGCAAGACUGUCCAUUCAAUUGCACUGGCCACGGCAACUGUAUUGGACACCAGUGCUACUGCUUUAUGGGCCGAACAGGGAAUUACUGCCAGCUCGAGGAAUGUCCUCAAAACUGUAGCAGUCAUGGUGCUUGUGUGAUGAAAGAUGACAAUUCCACGUAUAAGUGUCAGUGCGAGAAAGGGUAUGCAGGGUAUAUGUGCAAUAUUAGUUUGAACAAUUCAGAAGGGAGUGAGCUCUGGUACACCUUACUGCCUGAAGGCAUGGGACUUGAACCCCGUUCUGCCCAUGCCGGUGCUUUUGUGUCUCGGACCGAGUGCUUGUAUGUAUUUGGUGGGUUUUCGUUGAACGAAGUUUUAAGUGAUCUCAACUGUUACUGUAUAAACGAAACCACUUGGAAUUCUAUAAAUAGAUCUGAGCCCUGGCCGAAAGGUCGUUAUGAGCAUGCGAUAGAACUGUUUGAGGAUGGGUUCUACAUGUUUGGGGGUAUGCUUGACGAUGGGAAUUACAGUGAUGAACUGUGGUUCUUUAAUGUCACGUCAGAGACAUGGACUCUGUGUGCCAAUGAGAGUGUAUUCAAACCUUUACAGCUCUCUGGCCACACACUUACGAGGGUUGAAGACAAUUUGUAUGUGUUCGGGGGGAAAACCAAAGAUGGAUUAUUUUGGUCAAAUAUUUAUAAAAUCAAUGGACACAUUCCAACAGAAUGGCAGGAAGUAUUACCUCUGGCCGGCAAAUCAUCGGCUAGAAGGCUUGUAGGACAUUCAACCGUUUAUCACAAAGAAUCAAAAUCGCUACUCAUCUACGGAGGUUAUUCUCACAAUGCCGAUGAGCCCCGUUAUGGGUCGCAUAAAGACGAACUGCAUUUGUUCCAUGUUGAGAACAAAAUCUGGUCGAAGAUCAAGACGAACGAAGCACUGGACAACGGUCCAGCUCCUAGUCAGCGGUCGUUUCAUUCGGCCAACAUCAUGGGCAACUAUAUGGUUGUGUUUGGAGGCAACACUCACAUACAUCACGAUGUGGAGAAAUGCUACGAUUAUGAAAUAUAUCUUUAUCAUCUCGGAUGUCAUAUAUGGGUGAAAGCGGAAUUGCUUAUGGGAAAAUACAGUUCAGCACUUGAUGACGGCAGGGUGAGUCAUGUUGCGGCCGUUGCCUAUGGUAACACACUCCUUGUUGCUGGGGGGUACGCUGGAUACGUGAAGGGCGACGUCAUGGCGUUCAAGUUCCCGCCAUUGAUUGCUCCACCUAGUUCUGAGGUCAGUCUGGACCUAGAUUACUGCACCAACAUCACGCUGGCAGACAAAUGUCAGAGCAACCCAGACUGCCUACUGUGUACCAAGCAGGGCAGAUGCAUGCAUCGGACACACAUCACUGAGCAGCUAUGCGGUCCCUUGAAGACAGGCGUGCCCUACAUGCAAUGUCCAGGGAUCUGCAGUCGCCUGUCCUCUUGCGUGUCAUGCCUUAGUCAAGGUCAGGGGGCAGCGCGGUCCCAGGACUCGCCGGAACAUUGGACCUACAUCCAGCCGUGCAACUGGUGUGUCAAGGAGGGUGAAUGUCAGCUCAGGUCUAAGCCAACUGGUAACUGUGCAGCCGCCACUAGCACGUCGUCCGGUUUAGUUGGCUGGUGGGGGGAUAAGAGCCUCUCCUUGAGCCAGAUUGCUCAGUGUCGACUGGAGGACAAACCAGCGGGACUGGUGUCCAUUUUGCGUCAGACUAAUAUGGCAGAGAAAUACCGCCGGAUCUACACGAGGCCAUUGCUCAAGAGCUUCACACGCUGGCGUGGCUGGAUUCACCCUUUAAAUGCCACAGUGAAACACUUGAUUGAUCCCUCCCCCAAACAGUUCAUGUUGAAGUUGGCGGUCGAUAACAUCGCAGUGAAGGUGUGGCUUAAUAAAGAUGCUAUUGUUGGUCGUAAGGAAAGAAUUAUGAACAUCGGUAUAGGUGAUAACCCGCUCGAGUUGAAAUCAAGGGCAGAUAACUCUUUGUUGUUCCCCAACACGUCUCCAGGCACGCGCUACUACCUGGAUAUUGAAGGGGAAUAUUUGUACCCUUCCAGUACCAACAGUCAACCAGCCAUCAAUGAGAAACUCUACAGCAUCGAACUGAAGUGGGACGGCUCGGCUACCAAUGGCAACAGUCUGUCAGUACUGCACGCGUUCAGCUUCGAAUUUCUGGAACCCUACAGCGUUGGAGACUGCGCAAACUUCACCAGCUGCCUGGCCUGCAUGACGGACACAGCAUGUGGCUGGUGUGACGUUGAAGCCCGAUGCAUGCCAAGGAACACAAGCACGUCAGCCUGCGCCAAGGAGGGGCACCAGCUGAUGAUCACGGAGCCAUCUGUGUGUACAGUGUGCGAUGACCAUGUGGAGUGUCUGUCGUGUGCCAAGGACCCCCACUGUGAAUGGGUGAAAGACAAAGUGCACUGUAUUCGACGGGGUCGUGGGCUAGACACGGAAAUAGCAGCCAUUCCUGAGCAGUGUCCAGCUUCAUGUCAUGAACUGAGCAGCUGCAGUCAGUGCCUGAACGUCGGUGAGUGCGCGUGGUGUGAGAGCCUGCGCUCCUGUCUGCCAUUCUACGACUACGUGAUCCGGCACCGACAUGGCCAGUGCACGGAGUGGGUGGACAGCGAGAUAACGCGCAACGACAACACGUACUCCUGUCGCAACUGCUCCAUUCUCAAGAGUUGCGAAUCUUGCAUGAAAUCGUUCAACUGCGGCUGGUGUGGCAAUCGAGCCAACCCGAAGAAGGGUGUGUGCUUUGAGGGAGAUUUUGCAGGAACAAUUACUUGGCCCAAGAUUACAGCCAGCAACUCACCGACAUAA